UCUUUUAACUGUUACUCAAAAUAGUUUGAAUUUUUUUUUAUAUUAUUUUUACUCUUAACAUAUACGAUUGUUUUAAUUAUGAGGUGAUAUUAAACGUUUUAAUAAUAUUUUUACUAUUUAACAAGCUAGUGUAUAAACUACUCAUAUUAAAAUGGCUGUAUACGGUAUGAAACAGUUAGAAGAACGACAUGUUCCAACUACUGUUUUGAAAAUGGAAUGGUCUAAUAAAAUGGAUUUGUUGGCUAUUGCUAAAGAACACGGAGAAGUAUCCUUGCAUAGACUUACUUGGCAACGUGUUUGGUCCCUAGCUGCACCAGGUGAAAAAAUUCUUGUAACAGCUAUGGCUUGGAGGCCUGAUGGAAAACAAUUAGCAAUAGCUUAUGAUUCUUGUGAUUUAUUACUACUUAACAUCGAAAACAGAGAGAUUGCGUAUAGUAAAAGAACUGAUAGUAAAAUCACUUCAUUAGUAUGGGUUCAGCAAGAAAAACCUCAAAAAAGAGAAACCAUUGAUUCUGUUUUAACAAAAACAAAGGGAAUAGAUUAUCUUCCUAAACUUCAAAACUUAGCUACUAGAGAUGGACCUGAAGAAGAAAAAAAAUUACCAAAAAGUCAAGAUAUUCUAAAUCUUUUACUUGUUGGAAUGGAAAAUUGUGAAGUACAAAUUUUAGCUUUAGGUAUUUUUUUAUGCGGGACAUUAAAGUUAGCUGAAAUAUUUGGAAAAGAAGGAACUGUAUUAAAUAUGUGUAUGCCUGUAGAUUUUAGCUACUUAUAUAUUGCUAUACAAUAUUUUUAUGGUCAGGUAGAACUUGUUACUAUUAAAUUACAAGAGAAUAACACCAAUUGGAAUGAUGUUUAUGUUUUAUCAUUCAAACAUGACCAAUUGUUGUACUCACUUGAUUAUUUGGACCAAACUAUGAAAAAUAUUUUAGAAACUUGGGAAAAUGUUUCAUUAAUGGAAAUGGAAUUAAAAUUGAGUUCAUAUGCUCCUGAAGAUCCAGUAAAAGUAUCUACAGAAUUAUUGGAAUUAUUGAUUUAUGGUGUGUUAUCAGAGCGUAUGGAACAAUUCUUAAAAAAAGACUUAACUGAUAAAGGAAUUAAAAAAAUUGGUUUAUCUAUUGAAUCAAGUCAUACUAAUAUUCAAAAGCUUGUUGUAAAACAAUUAUCUGAAGUCACAAAUCACAUUUUAUUUCAAUUAGUUGAAAUAUCUGGAAUGUCAUUAAAAAAAUUUGAAUGUUUAGGUUUAACUGAAAAUAGUAUUGAAAAAGCCAUAAGAUCUGUCAAUAUUUUUCUACGAAAAUGUAAUGAAGUACAAAUAGUGAUAGAAGAGUCAUUGACAAAAUAUAAAUUAUUUUUUAAAUGGUUAUAUGGAAUGAUGGUUAAGCUUAAUGAUGAAAAUACUGUAGUAGAUCCUUCUCUCACAGAUACCUCACAACAAGAACUUAAUCUUUUAGCAGAAUACAUUUAUGAUUUAGGUGAAAAAGCUGAACGUAAUAACUAUAAAUUAGAUUGUGUUGGUCAAUAUUUUUUGGAUAAAGAAUUAGAAUUUCCAUAUGAAACACAUAACCAAUGGAGGAGUAUAUUACAUGAUAAUCCUUGCUUAGAAGAAAAUCCCAUUAUUACUCCAGAACUUAAAAAGGCAUCUUUAAUGCAACAGUUUAAUGUAUUAAAAAAUGAUCUGGUAAAUAUAUUUGCUCAAAAAAAGUCUUUCUUUGAUAAAUCUUUUGUGUUCUACAACAAUGUCUUACUAAGUAAUCAUAGUCAAACUAAUUUAGUUCAUAAAGUAACUAUGGUUGAUAUGCCUAAACACAAAUUAUUAGUUUGCUGUGUUGAUCAAAAUGCUUAUGAUUUCAGUUUUUAUGAAAUGAUGGCUUAUGAUGAUACACUUGAAGUUUCUCAAAGAAGUACCAAUGUGUUUUAUAUGAAUGAAGGAACAAAACAAACUAUUUAUGACAUUCAAUUUUACAGCCAAGAGUUUUUAUCUAUUCUUACUGAAACCAUAGAUUCGGAUAAUCGUAAUUCAUUAUUUAUACAAUUAUCCACAAGUAGUUUACGUAGUCAUUGUUCUACUGAUGGACUAUGUGUUUGUAAUAUAGCAUCACAACAAAUUGAUUAUACUAGCAGAGUCAUAGAAAAUAUGAUUGCAACCAAGUUUUCUGUUUGUGGUACAAGAAAAGUAGCUGUGCUAUUAUCACAGAGUAAACAUAAAGUCAGAUUAUUUGAAAUGGAAGUUGAAGACGAAGAAGAUGAUGAAGAAGACGAUAAUAUGGAUGUUACUCGUGAUUCAAGUUUUGAGUGAAUCAAAUUAAUCUUUCUCAUUUUAUAUCAAAAUAAUGUUAUUUGUUUUUUAAUAACUAAUAUUUAUUUAUAAUAAUAAAAGUUAAAUGUUAUAAAAAUA